CUCCCACGGACGACAGAGCUCACUCACGCUGCUGUGCUCUUCUCGUCAUCUUCCCUCCAUCGUCUCUCCAUUUCCAAUCAAAUUUUGUUUCAAGUUCUCCAUGUUCCAAUUUCCAAAUCAUACCCUUUAAAGCAAAAUCCUUCUUCUGCUUCUUGAUCCUAGGUAAACCGUCGAAUCUUGGUCUCUGCAUAGACCAAGAUGGACAUACUCUUCGCUCAGAUCCAAGCAGACCUCCGCUCCAAUGAUGCUUUACGCCAAUCCGGUGCUCUCCUCCAAGCUCUCCAGCAGUCCGCUGCUGGCCGUGACAUUUCUAUCAUCGCCAAGGCCGCCGUGGAAGAGAUCGUCGCUGCACCUGCAUCCGCCAUUUGUAAGAAGCUCUCUUUUGACUUGAUUCGAUCCACGCGCCUCACUGCUGAUCUAUGGGACUCUGUAUGCACUGGUGUUCGUUCUGAUCUCCACUUCCCCGAUCCUGAUGUCACUGCCGCUGCUGUCUCUAUUCUUGCUGCUAUGCCCUCCUAUUCGCUUUCUAAACUGAUUAUGGAUUCCAAUGCUGAAAUCUCUGGAUGCUUCGAUUCUAGUAGCGAUAAUUUGCGGUUUUCGAUUACUGAAACACUUGGUUGCAUUUUGGCGCGGGAUGAUAUGGUCACUCUUUGUGAAAACAAUGUGAAUUUGCUUGAUAAGGUCUCUAAUUGGUGGGCAAGAAUUGGGCAAAACAUGUUGGAUAAAUCCGAUGCCGUUGCCAAAGUCGCAUUUGAAUCAGUUGGGAGGUUGUUUCAAGAGUUUGAUUCGAAGAGAAUGAGUCGAUUGGCGGGUGAUAAGCUAGUUGAUAGUGAAAAUUCAUUAGCGAUUAGGUCUAAUUGGGUUUCAUCGAUGGUGGAUUUCGUUUGGAAGAGAAGAAAUGCUUUAAUGUCAAGGUCAUUGAUCUUACCUGUAGAGAACUUUAGGGCCACGGUGUUCCCACUCGUGUAUUCAGUAAAAGCAGUCGCGUCGGGGAAAGUCGAGGUGAUCAGGAAGGUAUCCAAGGCGGCGGCCAGUGGUGCCAAUGAUAGCGUGGUGGACUCCAAUGCAGAAAAGUUGGUUGGAGUUUCUGAUGUGGUUACACAUUUGGCACCCUUCUUAGUGUCGUCUUUGGAUCCGGCCUUGAUUUUUGAGGUGGGAAUUAAUAUGUUGUACUUGGCUGAUGUUCCUGGAGGCAAGCCGGAGUGGGCUUCGCUAUCUACUAUUGCCAUUUUGACUCUUUGGGAUAGGCAGGAAUUUUCUUCGGCGAGGGAGAGUAUUGUUCGAGCUGUUGUUACCAAUUUGCACCUCCUUGAUCUUCAUAUGCAGGGUUCACUGUUUAAAAGGUUGCUUCUCAUGGUGAGAAAUCUGAGGGCAGAAUCAGACCGUAUGCAUGCUUUAGCAUGUAUUUGUCGUACAGCUCUUUGUGUUGAUCUUUUUGCUAAGGAAAGUGUACGAAGAGGUCAGAAACCUCUUGCAGGCACUGAUAUUGCUUCUCUUUUUGAGGAUGCUAGAAUAAGGGAUGAUCUCAAUAGUGUGACAAGCAAAAGCUUAUUUAGGGAGGAGUUAGUGGCAUCUCUGGUGGAGAGUUGCUUCCAGUUAUCUCUUCCAUUGCCUGAACAAACCAACUCAGGAAUGGAGAGCAGAGUGAUUGGAGCUUUGGCUUAUGGAACUGGUUAUGGUGCACUGAACUGGACAGAGCCGGCUUUGGAAGUAGUUGAAGUCUGUAGGCCUUGUGUCAAAUGGGACUGUGAUGGCAGGACCUAUGCAAUUGAUUGCUAUCUGAAGUUGCUUGUAAGGCUGUGCCAUAUCUAUGAUACCCGAGGAGGUGUAAAAACCAUCAAAGAUGGUGCUUCUCAAGAUCAGAUCUUAAAUGAGACAAGACUCCAAAACUUGCAACGGGAACUUGUGAAGGAUCUACGUCAGGUAAGUAGCCCAAGAGUAUUUGCCCGUCUUAUUUGGGCAAUUGCAGAACACAUAAAUCUAGAUGGUCUUGAUCCACUUCUAGCCGAUGACCCUGAGGAUACCUUGAACAUUAUUAUAUCAAAUAUCCACAAGGUCUUAUUCAAUAUUGAUUCAUCUGCAAACACAUCAAAUAGGCUUCAAGAUGUUCAAGCAGUUCUUUUAAGUGCUCAGCGGUUGGGAUCACGUAACCUUAGGGCUGGCCAGUUACUAACUAAAGAGCUGGAAGAGUUCAGAAACAGUGGGUUGGCUGAUUCUGUCAACAAGCAUCAGUGCCGUAUGAUAUUGCAGAGAAUUAAAUAUGUUCAAAACCAUCCAGAUAAUAGGUGGGCUGGGGUUAGUGAAGCCAGUGGAGACUAUCCAUUUAGCCAUCACAAAUUUACUGUGCAGUUUUAUGAAGCAGCUGCCUCCCAGGACAGGAAGCUAGAAGGAUUGGUUCACAAGGCUAUUUUAGAGCUGUGGAGGCCAGAUCCUAGUGAAUUAACUAUUUUGCUGACAAAAGGAAUUGAUUCUAAAUUAUUAAAGGUUAUGCCUGCUGCAUGUACUUUGACGGGUAGCAGUGAUCCAUGCUACGUUGAAGCUUAUCAUUUGGCAGACUCGGGUGAUGGAAGGAUCACUUUGCAUCUGAAGGUUUUAAACUUGACUGAACUCGAACUCAAUCGGGUGGAUAUUCGGGUUGGGUUAUCUGGUGCAUUAUAUUUUAUGGAUGGAUCUCCUCAGGCUGUGCGCCAGCUACGUAAUCUUGUUUCACAGGACCCAGUACUCUGCAGUGUGACAGUGGGAGUGUCCCACUUUGAAAGAUGUGCCCUUUGGGUUCAAGUUUUGUAUUACCCAUUCUAUGGAAGUGGUGCGAUAGGAGAUUAUGAUGGUGACUAUACUGAGGAGGAUCCACAAAUCAUGAGGCAGAAGAGAAGCUCACGACCAGAACUAGGAGAGCCCGUGAUUUUGAGGUGUCAGCCUUACAAAAUUCCAUUGACUGAACUUCUUUUGCCACAUAAAAUAUCGCCUGUUGAGUUCUUUCGCUUAUGGCCAAGUUUGCCAGCUGUUGUGGAGUAUACUGGCAUGUAUAUUUAUGAAGGAAGUGGCUUCAAGGCUACUGCUGCACAGCAAUAUGGGUCAUCUCCUUUUCUUAGUGGCCUUAAAUCUCUGUCAUCCAAGCCUUUCCACAAAGUUUGUUCCCACAUCAUCCGUACAGUGGCAGGAUUCCAGCUUUGCUACGCUGCAAAAACUUGGUUUGGGGGCUUUGUGGGAAUGAUGGUUUUUGGAGCCAGUGAAGUUAGCAGAAAUGUGGACCUGGGUGAUGAGACAACCACCAUGUUGUGCAAAUUUGUUGUCCGAGCAUCAGAUGCUUCAAUCACAAAGGAGAUUGAAUCAGACUUACAGGGUUGGUUGGAUGACCUUACUGAUGGGGGUGUCGAGUACAUGCCCGAAGAGGAAGUGAAGGAGGCUGCAGCUGAGAGGCUUAGGAUUUCAAUGGAACGGAUAGCUUUGCUAAAAGCUGCUGAACCACCGCCUAAAACUCCAAAAUCUGAUGAUGAAGAGGAAGUUGAGGAUACGGAGGAAAAGGACAAGGAAAAGAAUGAUGGUGAGAAAGAUGGUAAACCUAAAGGAACCUUAUCAAAGUUGACUGCAGAGGAGGUUGAACACAUGGCUCUUCAAGCAGCUGUACUCCAGGAGUGGCACAUGCUUUGCAAAGAGAGAAGCACCCAAGUUAAUUAGCCCCAUCUAUGAUGGUUCCACCGAGGAACUUAUAUUUUUUUAUUUGUCAUGUAAUCUAAUUUUGUAUACAUGGAAUAGGUAGAAGAAAAUUUGGAUAUAGAGAGAGCUGCCUCCAUUUUAUUUUUUCUGAUUUUAAUUUCUGUUCUUUCGGCGAUAUUCCACAUCCCUUGUACAUUUUGUAUUGGCAAGGUAUUGUUUCAUUGCUUGUUGUGAGGGAUUAAAAGAACUAGCUGUAACUUUCUUAAAAUUUUUUUAUAGCUGUGGUCUCAUCAUUUUCACUUUGGAACUGGACUUUUCACUUGUAUUUGGAAUUUUGAUCAAUAUACAAUACAUGGUGUCUCUCGUA